GGCGUGAGUCGGGGUUGGGCUCAGACGGGUCUGGGCCGCCUGAGCUGACGGAGCCCCCGUCUGGGCAAGGGUUACUGCUUGAGGGGUAGUUUCGGUUUCCAUCACGGGAUGUUAGGCCCUUCGGGUCUUUUGCCUGAGUGAAGAAAUAAGCUGGAAAGAAGAGCUUAAGGAAAAAUGUGGGACAGAGUUUGGGUACAAGCAGGUGAGUGCCCACGCCUGCUGUCACCAUGACGACCAUUCACCACCAGCAGAUGCUGCAGGAGCACGUGUCCAUGGAGUUCUCCAGCUCCACCACCCACAUGCAGACCUUCUCCCAGACAACCAAGAUUGCGGGAGAGGAAGUCGUGACAAGGAAGUCCUCCAGCACGGUAGAGUUCUUCAGCUUGGUCACUCGAAGUUCUGACAUCCCUCCAGGCGAGAGCGUCCCGGAGUUCGUAGAGAAACCUCAACCGGUCACUGCGUCUGAGGGGGAUAAAGCCGUGUUCCGAGCCCGGGUGCGGGGGAACCCCAAACCCAACAUCUCCUGGAAGAGAGAGAGCGGCAUCCCCAUCAAGGAGUCGGCCAAGAUGUUCUACGACAGCAUUAACAAAGAGCAUGUGCUGAAGCUGGAGCCACUGACCUCCGAUGACUCUGACAACUACAAGUGCAUCGCAAGCAAUGACCAUGCAGAUGCCAUCUACACCGUGUCCUUGCUGGUGACAGAAGGUCAAGAGAAAAUGGAUUUCAAAAAGAUGUUGAAGAAGAGGGCACCCCCUGCUCCCAAGAAGAAGCAGAAGAAGGGGAUAGGUGAGAAAGAGAUGUUGGAGAUUCUGUCCAAGGUGCCCAAGAAGGACUUUGAGAGGGUCUGCAUGGAAUACGGUUUCACUGACUUCCGGGGGCUGCUCAGGAAGCUCAAAGAGAUGAAGAAAGUGGAGGUGGAGACCAUCCGGAUUCUGAAGCCCCUGGAAGACAUAGAGACCAAGAUUGACACGACUGUGGUCUUUGACUGCAUCAUGGAGCUGAAGGACCCCAAUGUCAAGAUGAUAUGGAUGAAGGGUAGUGAACCACUGAGGAUCCAGUACUCCCUAGGCAAGUAUGAUGUGAAGCAGAUGGGCACCAAGUACAUGCUGAUUAUUACCAACGUGAACAUGAACGAUGCAGGCACCUACAGCCUGUCCGUGGGUGACAAGCGGAUGAGAGCAGAACUCACAGUGCUGGAUGAGCCCCUAAAGUUCUUGGGAGAGAUGAAGCCAAUGAAGGUGACAGAGCGCCAGACAGCUGUAUUUGAGAUCCGCCUCUCCAAGAAAGUGCCUAACUUUGUGUGGAAGUUCAACGGGAAGGAGCUGAAGAGGGACGAAAAGUAUGAAAUCACAGUGUCCGAGGAUGGUCUGACCCACACACUUAAGAUUAAGGACGCCAGACUCUGUGAUGCGGGCGAGUUCUCUGCUGAGGUGGGGGACCUGGUACAGAAGGCCCAGGUCACAAUUGACCGCAUCCCCAUCAAGUUUGUGAGAAACCUAAAGAACGUACGUGUGAAAGAGAGGAGCCGUGCAUGCCUUGAGUGUGAGCUGACAUCCAAAGAUGUGACACUGCACUGGAAGAAGGACGGGCACCCUCUGGAGCGCAGCAGCAAGUACAGCAUGAGCCAUGAGGGCAAGCGAGCAGAGCUGGUCAUUGAGGAUGCACUGCUCAGUGACAGUGGCGAGUACACCGUGGUGGCCAUGCAGGAUGGAGACCCCACUGAAUACUACAGUACUGCCAUGGUCACCGUGGAGGAGCGUCUGGCCACAGUGAAGAGCGGGCUGUCUGACGUGCACGCGGCUACUGGGAGCCCGGCUGAGCUGUGCGUCGUGCUAAACGAUGAGAAGGUGGAGGGCGUGUGGCUGAAGGAUGGCAAGGAGAUCACGGACUUGCCCGGCGUGCAGAUCGUGAAGCAGGGUGCAGUGCACAAGCUCAUCUUCCCCAAUAUGGGCCCGGAGCACGAGGGCAAGUACACAUUCCGGGCCAAGGGCGCAGAGAGCGAAGCCUCGGUAUUCAUUGCAGAUCCUCCUACCAUUGACCCGUCGGUGCUGGAGGCGCUGGGGGCGCACCCCGUGACUGUGAAGGUGGGCCACGCUGCGAACAUCAAGGUGCCCUUCCGGGCUAAGCCGCUGCCCAAAGUGACGUGGUACAAGGACGGCGUGGAGGUGACGGAGGAAGACCGUGUGACCAUGGAGCGCGGGGAGGACCAGGCACUGCUCACCAUUUCAAACUGCGUGCGUGAGGACAGUGGCAUUAUUCUGCUCAAGCUCAAGAAUGACCACGGCACAGCCACAGCCCCUCUGCACCUCAGCGUGCUGGACCGUCCCAAGCCUCCCCAGGGCCGGGUGGAGUUCCUGGAACUCUCGGGGAACUGUGUGCACAUGAAGUGGAAGGCUCCGAAGGACAAUGGCGGGCGGCCAGUGACACAGUUCAUAGUGGAACGGAGGAUGGUCGGCAAGAAGGCCUGGAUUAAGAUAGGCGAGGUGGACAGCAAAUUCACGAAAUUCUCCACCAACAAGGUAGAAGAGGGGAAAGCCUACCAGUUUCGUAUCCUGGCGGUUAAUUCAGAAGGAGUGAGCGACCCGCUGGAAACAGAUGAAGUGUUUGCGGGAAAUCCCAUUGAACCGCCUGGUCUUGCCUCCCAGCCUCAAGUGACUGAUGUGACCAAAGAGGCCAUGACCAUCACAUGGAAUGCCCCUACCCAGGAUGGGGGAGCCCCAGUGCUUGGCUACAUUGUGGAGCGGAGGAAGAAAGGCAGUAACCUAUGGGUGCCAGUCAACAAGGACCCCAUCCAAGACACCAAGUGCACUGUGGAUGGUCUCCUGGAGGACACAGAAUAUGAAUUCCGAGUUAUAGCUGUGAAUAAGGCAGGCCCUGGACAGCCCAGUAUGGCAUCCAGUUCAGUGGUAGCCAAGGACCCUGUCAAACCCCCAGGCCUGGUGCAGGGUCUGCACGUGUCUGAUUCCUCCAACUCCAGCAUCUCCCUGGCCUGGCGGGAGCCUGCAGAGGGAGACCCACCCUCUGGUUACAUCCUUGAGAUGCGGGCUGAAGACACCAAGGAGUGGUCCAAGUGCACAAAGAUCCCCAUCUCGGGCACCUGCUACACAGUGGGAGGCCUCACCGAGAGGCAGAAAUACUUCUUCCGAAUCCGGGCUGUGAACGAGGCUGGCGUUGGGGAGCCUGUGGAGCUGGAGGAGGGGAUCCGUGCCAUGCCACCACCAGCUGCCCCCAAGUUUGACCUCAGUGCCCGGCUGAAGAGUCACAUGAUGGUUCGCGCUGGGACAGCCCUCUGCAUCCAUGCUGCCUUCUCUGGCUCACCCCCACCGAACGUGAUCUGGCAGAAAGAUGGCAUCCCCACCAAGGGCCGGGAAACCAUCACCAAGGGCAAAAACCACUCCCAGUUCCUCAUCAACAGCACCAAGCGCUCCGACUCAGGGGUGUACCGCAUCUUGCUCCAGAAUGAGUUUGGAGAGGCAUACUAUGACAUCCACGUGCGUGUGGCAGAUUUUCCGCGGCCACCCACAAACCUACAGCUGUUUGAGGAGGUCCCCAACACAGUGACUCUGACCUGGAACCACAGCCCUGACGUGCAGGAAGACGGCGAGGCCCACUAUGUCAUCCUGAAGCGGGAUGCCAGUACCGCCACCUGGUUCACAGCAGCUGACCGCGUCUUCAGCAACAAGUACACGGUGACAGGGUUACUCCCCGGCAGGAAGUACUACUUCCGAGUGGUGGCCCGCAACGAAAUCGGUGACAGUGACCCGCUCGACUCCAAGGAUACCUGGCUCAUCAACAAGGACAAAAUCGAGGACCUGAGCGCCCAGCUGAAGCCGUACCAGCAGAAGGACUGGCGCCACGCGCCGCGCUUCCUGACCCCACUCAAGCCGCACACGGUGCUGCGCGGCCAGGACUGCACCAUGACUUGCGCCUUCCUUGGGAACCCGCGGCCCACGGUGACCCUCUACAAGAGUGACGUCAACAUCACGGCCAACUCCAAGUUCUGGUACAACUCCACCAGCGGCGUCUGCACGAUCGUCAUCCCCACCUGCACGCUCAAGGACAGCGGCGAGUUCAGCGUGCUGGUGGAGAAUGAGCUGGGCAAGGACCGCAGCAGCUGCACGCUCACGGUCUACGGUGAGGGCACCGGGCCGGGCCGGCUGGGGGUGGGGAGGCGUCCCUGCGGCCCACCUGGUCCAGAGGCACAAGAUGGCCAUCUCUUGGCGCCGUUUUUUAUUUCCUCUGCCAUCCCGUGGUGUAAACAUUCACCAACUGGCCAUACUUGGUUCCUCUCUCCCAUCCUCUGGAUGUCAUUUGUUAUGUGCCUGGCCCCUGCAGACUUGGGAGUUUGCAAUCCCUCAAUAGACUGUAGUUUGCAGCCCUUGGUGGGCCUAGACUUGCCUUUGAAAAAGAUACCGGUGAUAAGGCCUGAACCAGACUCACCAGUCACCAUCUCUGUGGCAGGGUUCUGGAGGGAAUUUUUAUGUUUACAAGAUUUGACAAGGGAUUCUGAUACACAACCAAGACCGAAAACUACUGGUCUAGGAUAAGGAUAGAUGGGAAGUACAGAUGGGGGAAAGACUGAAGGGAACCUAGUGGAGAGCCUUCCUCUGCACAGGUGUGCCACACCUCCGCUCAGGUGCGUCCAUGUAGGGGAACUAUCUUAUUUCUUCCUACACACUCUACUAUCUUCACAACUACACAGCAAGGAGCAUGAACUCUCGAAAUGCAAAGCUGACCUGCCCUGCUCCCUUCUUGCUUUAACUCCCUAACUUUUCCAUGAUCCUUUUGAGAAAACCCCAGCCAGCAAGGCUCCUCCUCACAUCUACUUCUCCAGCCUCAUCCUCUGCCACUCCCUGAACUCUCCAUGGCAGUCCAUUGGUGUCCUGUUGUAGGUGCCUUUCUUUGGGGCAAGUGCCACGCCCUGUCGCUGUCUCUCUCAAGUACCCAGCUAGACGUCUGGCACUGAGAUGGUGCCUCCCUAGUGGCAGCGGAACUGUGUGACAGAAGUAGGCCAGGGAAGGCCUGGUGGGAGACAUCCAGCUUUCAUUCCACAGCUAGAGAAAUCCCUGGCAACUUAAUUCUGGUUGUAAGCACGUGGGCCCAGAGCCCUGGCUCCACCGCUGUCCAGCCGUGUGACCUUGGCAAACCACGCUGAGCCUGCUCUCUCAUCUGUUCCUUAGGGCUCUUCUGAGGCUUAAAUGAGAUAGUGCGCAGAAGUGCCUGGCGCGAUGCUUGGCAAAUAUUAAGUGCUGAAUAAUUGGUAGCUCUUGGCCCCAUACACUCAGCUGACCUUGGGAGACUGGGGCCUUAACUGUAAGUCCAGCAAUUUAGAGUUUGCCUUCCUCCUAGCAACAUUAACACUGACAAAUACUUGUUUUGCUCUUUCAGACAAAGAUGACAAGUCCAUUCUAGCAUCAGUCACUGAAAGUCUGCAGAAGAAGUCAAAGUACCUUAUGUGAGCUCCGUCCCGGCCCAAGCAUCAGGAGGACGUUGGGAUAUGUGGUUUCGGGGCCUAUCCUGUGUGUGGCCCCAGUGAGGGCAGCCCCCGUUUGCUCUCUGGUGCUUGUCAGUGUAAACAGUCCACGAAGGCAUGGGACAAUAAAUUGACUAAGCUCACCCCUGCCUGUUCUUGAGGGUGAUGUGCAACAGGGACCAAGGACAUGGACUUGGGAGUGGAUGGGGACACACGGAGCAUGGACUCCAAGAGUUUAGUCCAAACCCACUCACACUGGGAGUGAGCAGCCCCUUCUAGACUGGACCUUGACAUGCCUCCCCCCUCCUCUGCAGCCACACUGCACCCUCCUCUCCCCUCAGGGCAAGGGAGAGCAAGUCUUAGAUAGGCUUCAUCCUUCUUCAGGUACCCCCCUCCCAUUUCUUCACCAGGUAGAUCUGUCCUCAGAGUUUUGGGGUUUGAGGGGAUCAGGGCCUUGCCUCUUUAGUGCCCAGGAUUCCCACUAUUUCAGAAUUAGUGCAUCUCAGAGCUAGAAGGAACUGGUCAUCCAGCUCACUGGGUUUCAAACUUAGGUUUUACAGCAGAAUUCUCCCUUUAAAAAAAAAAAAUCAUAAGAAACUACUGGACAUCAAACAAGGAUGGGGGGGGUCUCUGAGCCUCCCUCCUCAACUUAUUCUUUCACUGUCCCCCACCAGGUAUCUCUGUAAAAAUCCUAGUUUGGAAAUCACUAAUUCACCCAUCACCCACACGGGACUGAGCCUCCUCCUCUAUCCAGUCCCCACAACUCUACAACCUCUCUACUACGGGCAUAUUCACCACCACCCAAGGCUUCCCUUUCUGCUUCUGGGUCGGGACACUGCCCAUUAAGAUGCAAAUGCCCCUGGAGUGGAGUGACUCCACUCCAUUGUUUCGCCAGGGCUUCCCAUCUAAAGUACAAAUCAACCAAUCUACUCUCCCUCCUCCCUGCUGUUUAACUGAGCCCACAGGCCAAGGAGAGAGGAGAGGCUUGAAGGGAAUCUGAAUCAUUUUGGAGCAGGUAGCAGGUCUGGGAGGAGGUGGGCAGC